UCUAAAGCCUCGAGCGUCUCGCGAGACGCUUCGUUCGCAUGCUCGCUGCCGGGGUUGGAGGUCAGAGCGAGCCUCUCCCGGGCCAGUGGAGGAAGAUGGCGGUGGAGUCGCGCGUCACCCAGGAGGAAAUUAAGAAGGAGCCGGAGAAACCAAUCGACCGGGAGAAGACGUGCCCGCUGCUGCUGCGCGUCUUCACCACCAACAACGGGCGCCACCACCGCAUGGACGAGUUCUCCCGCGGGAACGUGCCGUCCAGCGAGCUGCAGAUCUACACCUGGAUGGAUGCAACCUUGAAAGAACUGACUAGUUUAGUAAAAGAAGUCUACCCAGAAGCUAGAAAGAAGGGCACACACUUCAAUUUUGCAAUUGUUUUUACGGAUAUUAAAAGACCUGGCUAUCGGGUCAAGGAGAUUGGCAGCACCAUGUCCGGGAGAAAGGGGACUGAUGAUUCCAUGACCCUGCAGUCGCAGAAGUUUCAGAUAGGAGAUUAUCUGGACAUAGCAAUCACCCCUCCGAAUCGGGCACCACCUCCUUCGGGGCGCAUGAGGCCAUAUUAAAUUUUAUUUACUAUUUCUUCGUUUAUUUUUCAUUCAGUUAUGUAAAAGAUUUUUAUGCUCUCCCCCCUACCCCAUUAUUGCCAUUAAGCCUUUAAACUCUAAACAAAUUGUAAUGCAUUUAUUUAGGAGUUAGGUUUGGCUCUGCUAUGGUAUGAAGAUUAAUAGAAAGUCCAUGUUUCAAGUCCUGUAAAAUAUGAAGUGCUCUUAGCAGUCUAUGUAAAACUUGUUAAAUAUACGUGUGCAAUCAA